UUCUUUUCUUAUCUCUUAGUUAAAGCAUGUUCCAUUUCUGACAGCCUGUUGAAUCUGGCCUCCUCACAGAUGGCAGGUCUCUCCCUCAUCGCGGUCCUUUGCCUGACCAGCGGACUCUGGCUCGGAGCUGAAAGUUGCAGCAUCGGAGUGGAGUGUUCAAGGUGUGAGGUUGGCUGGUCUAAGUUUGGCUGCUACUGUUACAAAUACUACGCUGAUCCCAAAACUUGGGUGGAUGGAGAGCUGGCCUGCAGGGAUCUGGACGCCAACUUGGCUUCAAUACACAGCUCCAAAGAGCACCAGUUCUUGAGAUCCCUGGUCAAAAAAUCUGCCGGGUCUUACGUCCGCACUUGGGCCGGAGGCAACGAUAUUUCAAAAGAGGGAGCGUGGAUGUGGAGUGACGGGUCCGACUUUGAAUUUACCCUGUGGCCCCGAGGAGAGCCAAACAACCAUGGCAAAGGAGAAGACUGCAUGGAAAUCAACUUCCAGAAUACCAAUCCAAAUGAUACGCCGUGCCACACCCGAAAGCCAUACAUCUGCUCCAAGAGUAUCUGAGGGUCACCGGAUGUCACCAAAACAGGAAGACCAAACAAAAAACAAAACAAAACAAGAAGAUCCACCAUCUGUCAGAAAUGGAAAUAAUUUAAACCACCUAUAAAGAAAAGAUGCAACAAAAUAUUUCUCAUGGUUCUUUCUCUUUGUGUUCACUGGGCCCAUAAAACAAUGAAGAAGUGAAA